CGCAGCCUUCUGCCCCUCCCCCCUCUGGCUGCCGCACUGGCUGCUGCAUCUAGUCAAUAUCUUAUCUUCGGAGCAGGAGCUAGGAGCCAUUCCCAGCCGGAGCAGACCCCAAGCUAGAGUGAGAAGCAUUGCUCAGUUCAUUGUGCUCCUGCCUGCCUGCCUUUCUGCUAAGCAUUAGGAUCUAUUUUGGCCCAGCUUCUGAAGAGGUUGUGUGUGCUGUUGGAGGUAAGAGGGGCUCUAGUCAGGGCUCCUGCUGCUGCUGACAGAGCUGGGGGUGGGGGAACACUGGGAGGUAGCUAUGUGAAGUGCCUGAGCCCUAGGCAUUUCUGGAUAAAUUCCAUGUCUUUUGUGCUCCAGUGUACCUUAGGAUGGUUUGGGCAUUUUUUGUAUUCGGCUGGCUGUGAGCCCCUGAGUCUUGGUGGGUGGACAUGUAUGCUUGUGUAACUACCUUCAUGUGCUUCUGUGCGAGUCUAUAACCCUAAUAUGAGGUAACCUUGUGAGUAAAUGUGCUCCCAUUGCCUCUGUGUGUGCCAUCAUGUGCCCAUGUAUAUGCCUUUGUCUGUGUCCAUGUGUCUGUGUAUGUGCUUAGUGUUUGUGGAUGCUCAUGGAGGUGUUCAUGUGCCUGUUAGUGUAGUUGUGCUGUGUUCUAAGGCCUCAGUGGACUGUGUCUAGCACUGUGGUCACUUGUUUCUGUGUCCUGUUCCAGGAACUGUACUGAGUGGCUUUUCAGGGUGACAGCAUGGAGUCCCUCUUUCCUGCCCCAUUCUGGGAGGUCUUGUAUGGCAGCCACUUUCACGGGAACCUGUCCCUCCUAAAUGAUACUGUACCCCACCACCUGCUCCUCAAUGCUAGCCACAGCGCCUUCCUGCCUCUUGGACUCAAGGUCACCAUCGUGGGGCUCUACUUGGCUGUGUGCAUCGGGGGUCUCCUGGGGAACUGCCUCGUCAUGUAUGUCAUCCUCAGGCACACCAAGAUGAAGACAGCCACCAACAUUUACAUAUUUAAUCUAGCACUGGCUGAUACCCUGGUCUUGCUGACACUACCCUUCCAGGGCACAGACAUCCUUCUGGGCUUCUGGCCAUUUGGGAAUGCAUUGUGCAAGACUGUCAUUGCUAUUGACUACUACAACAUGUUUACCAGCACUUUCACUCUGACUGCCAUGAGUGUAGACCGAUAUGUGGCUAUCUGCCACCCUAUCCGUGCCCUUGAUGUCCGGACAUCUAGCAAAGCCCAGGCUGUUAAUGUGGCCAUAUGGGCCCUGGCUUCAGUGGUUGGUGUUCCUGUUGCCAUCAUGGGCUCAGCACAAGUGGAAGAUGAAGAGAUCGAAUGCCUGGUGGAGAUUCCUGCCCCUCAGGACUACUGGGGCCCUGUAUUUGCCAUCUGCAUCUUCCUUUUUUCCUUCAUCAUCCCUGUGCUGAUCAUUUCUGUCUGCUACAGCCUCAUGAUUCGACGACUUCGUGGUGUCCGUCUGCUUUCAGGCUCCCGAGAGAAGGACCGGAACCUGCGGCGUAUCACACGGCUGGUGCUGGUAGUGGUGGCUGUGUUUGUGGGCUGCUGGACACCUGUGCAGGUCUUUGUCCUGGUUCAAGGACUGGGUGUUCAGCCAGGUAGUGAGACUGCAGUAGCUAUCCUGCGCUUCUGCACAGCUCUGGGCUAUGUCAACAGUUGUCUCAAUCCUAUUCUCUAUGCUUUCCUGGAUGAGAACUUCAAGGCCUGCUUUAGAAAAUUCUGCUGUGCUUCUUCCCUGCACAGGGAGAUGCAAGUUUCUGAUCGUGUGCGCAGCAUUGCCAAGGAUGUAGGCCUUGGAUGCAAGACCUCUGAGACAGUACCACGGCCGGCAUGACUAGGCGUGGACCUGCCCAUGGUGCCUGUCAGUCCACAGAGCCCAUCUACACCCAACACAGAGCUCACACAGGUCACUGCUCUCUAGUUUGACACUGAACUUUGAGCAUCUGGGGCCUUGAAUGGUUUUCCUUUUGGUUCAGGAUGCUCAAUCCUAGAGGAAGACCUUUUAGCACCAUGGGACAGGUCAAAGCAUCAAGGUGGCCUCCAUGGCCUCUGUCAGAUUAAGUUUCCUCCCUGGUAUAUGACCAGAGGAGGACCAGAGGAACUGCAUGGAAACAUCUACAACACAGUGGACAUGCCUGGUGAACCUAUGUAGGUAUUCAUGGUUCACUUGACUCUUCUCCCUGCUGCCCUGGCUCUAGGUGGGCUCAACCUGAGGUAUUGUAGUGAUCAUGUAGUCACUAUUGUGACUACCUGUUGUGUGCUACUGCCCUCAGCCUUUCAGUAUUUCCACAGAACUGCUGUUAACACCUGGUGUUGCCUGGCCGUUAAGCUUGGAGUUGCCUUGGAGCAUCUUCUAAUUCUGACCCCACUGAUGCAGUCAGAUUGCCUGAGGUGGGUGAGCAUCAGUGUGUUCUUGGAUGUCUUUUUUCUGAAGAUUCUUUUCAUGCUAUACUAUAGAGUCUAUGAAGGGGACUUCACACUUCAUAUGGUACUGCCACUGCCUGCUCUAUCAACCUGGGCCAUCUUCUCAGCAAGAGGCCAGCAAGAGGACAAGACACAAGGCUCUUUCCCUCCAAAACCACUGUGAACUCUUAUUCUACAGACUGCUUGGAAAGCCCUGCUUCUAGGUGUGUGGGAGGUAAUCAGGAGAAAGUUUUGUGGCCUCUGUAGGCUGCUUGCAACAUGGAGGUACCAUGUGCUGGUCUUGGCUGCUUAGUACGGGCAGGGCUCUCUCUUUAUUCUCCACAGCCUCCCUCAGCUCUAUAGUAGUCUCUCUUUUACUUGACAUCAGAGGUCAGCAAUUGUCUUGCUAGAAGCAUACUUAUAGCCUGGGAAGAGUGCCAGUCAGGAUGUGUUCUAUUCUAUACCCACAGUGACCACCUGCUUCAUUUAUAGGAUUAGGACAUAUCUGCAUAAGGCCUGAGCUUGCUGCCAAAUUGGAGGUUGGCAUCAAAUGAAGAGCUGGUAUGAGAGCCGAAGCCUAAAAUGGCUCAUUUGAGCCAAUCUGCAAGGACUAUUAUGGUUUGGCGACAUUGGAAGAAGAGUCUGUACCUUGGAGAUAUAUUUGAUGGUUCACAGAAGAGGCUUUGUAAAUGCCUUUCCUAUGGGUUAGAUAUCAAAAUACCAGCAACCUUGGGUAGAAUCUGAUCUUACACUGAGACCUUGGUCAGAUGGUUUCAUGCCAUGCAGAACCUAGGCUGGUUCAUGUCUCAGAGAGACCUGGCCUUAACAAUUUUUCUGGGACUGUGCAGUGGUGGCGGCAGCGCACGCCUGUAAUCCCAGAACUCUUGAGAAGCAGAGGCAGGAAGAUUUCUGAGUUCGAGGCCAGCCUGGUCUACAGAGUGAGUUCCAGGACAACCAGGGCUAUAUAGAGAAACCCUGUCUC